AUGCCCCAAUCAAUUCGCGAAUCGGCCUUCACCGUCAUAAUACGUGUUUCACUCCCGGCUUGGCUCCCCCCAGAAGCCGUUGUAUCGGCUCUGCACGCACACGAGCCACUCAUCGGGGCUAACCCCUACACCGUGAGCUACGAGCGUCGCGAUUUCCGCCCCGAAGAAGUUGCUGGUGAUACCCUCUUCCACCGCGACGGCCCCGAGCUGUCAGCCUUUGUGGUUCGGGACCGCAUACCCAUUAUUCCCGGCGCGGGUUCUUGGGCUAGUAAGGGAAUCGAGAUCCCGUGUGUGUUCCAAAGCUUCACACGGGGCGUUCGAUGUCGUGCGGAUUCGCAGGGUGUUAAGGUGCGAAGUAGCUACGAGGUCCGCCUGCGAGGCGAGGUUUGGGGGGGGGCUUUGGCCAGGCCCGGUGAGGGGAACUACGAGCUGGUAGAGAUUGCCAGUAUCGAGUGCGGCAGCAUUAUCAGGCCGUUUGUCAGGCGUAGCUUCUCCAGCGCACAUCAGGAGAUUCUCCAACGCGUAGUUGACGAGGUCGCACGCAAUGGUUGGUUCAAGCGCCUGGGAGGCCCAAGGUUUACGCGCAGAUGGCAGCAUCGCGAGGUGGUUUCACACGUUUAA